AUGCCCGAGGCCUCGCGUGAAGAGCUGUUGGCGACGCUGAAUGCUCUGUCGCAGCAGCUGUACCCGCGUCUCUCGGCCAUGCAUGAGAACGUGGAGUUGGUGCUUUCGGGGGAGAAUUUUGAGCGCGGGGCAGCUGGGGCGCGAGCAGCAGCGGCUGGCGGAGCAGCAGCAGUGGGUGGGGCAGCAGCAGCCGGUGGGGCGGCGGCAGGUACCCCAGGAGUGGAGCAACAGGUGGAAGCUGCACAGGGGCAGGGCGUGCAGGAGAGAGUGCAGGUGGAGGGAGUGCAAGAGGAGGGUGGACUUCUGCAGAAAUCUCUUGACCAGAGAAAUCAAGAAGGUUCAAGCAGCAGCAGACUUGCAUCAGCUAAGGCGGAUCAAGAACCUGAAAGGGCCACGCCAGUGGAUGUGAUCCGGCCUGCUUGCCUGGCCUCCCUGGUUCUGAAUACCAUCCAGUUUACCCCUCUACCCGAGCCUGCUUCUGGAGAUAUCGCCUCUACAUCUCCUGCCUUGGUUCCCGUUUCCUGCACCCCUCCUUUCUCCACAUCUCCUCCCUCAAAUUUCUUCUCUCCUGGUUCCACCCCAAGUGCUUCUCCCAGUCAGCAGCGGUGGUCGUUUGAGAGCAUUGCGCUGGCGGCUGUGUUUGGUGGGCUGAGGCGGUUGGCAGUGGUGCAGUGCGGUGGGGUGGGGGAGGAGCAGCUGAGGGCAGUGCUGCGUGCAUGCCGGGUGUUGGUGGAGCUGAGAGUAGAGCACAGCGAUGCCAUGUCCGAUAAAGUGCUGCUCUCAUGUCCUCUCCACUCACUCACCCAUGCCACUCUCAUUGCUUGCAACGGCAUCACUGCUGCUGGGGUGAUCGGGUUGCUUGCAAGCUUCCCAAGGCUGAUGCAGUUGAAGGUGGAAGCGGUUAAGGUUCCUGAACGGGCUCGACGGAAAUUGCUGCGUGCUGCUGUGGGUCAUCUCCUCGCUUCUUCAGACUUGCAUGGCUUGUUUGCUCGCCAGACUGGCACAUUCCUACGCCAGCUGACUCCUUGUGUGCUCUCACACUCGAUGUCGCUCACACUUUCCUACGUGAGCUGGUCAAUUCCGGUGCGCCAUGGCGUAAGCCUCAGCCACCUCGCGCCUCGUGCUUUCCGGUCUCAACAGCUUCUCAUCGUCUCUCUUACACGCGCGCCUCGUCCUUCGCUCGGAGGAAAGGUCGGAUAUUUAGUUCCUCACCACCAUGGGCCUCCUCGCACCUCCCUCUCGAUCUGCCUUUUUUCCCAGCAGAUCAUGGAGCACUCCUCUGCCUUCGACGCGGUGAUGGCAGAUAACGCUGGGAUCACCCCUUCGUUCAGUGACCUCCUUGGCGACGGGUCUCCCGUGGCCAAGAAGGUGUGCAAAGCCGCAUCCUCGUCUUCCUCUAAACUCCCGGGUGCUGCUCCCGCUCCGGCGCCUGCUGUGAAUGUGGAAGUUUCAUCCGCCCCUUCCUCGGGAAUGCCUGGCAAGCGUUUCCGCCGCCUCUGUGCCCUGCGAGACACUGUCGGUGAGACCGCGACCGAUGUGACCCGUGAUCUGGACACUCUUGCCGCUGUGAUUUUCCCUGAGAACCUCGCUGACCAUCGCAAGGACAUCAUCGCUUUUAUCAAAAAGAGUCUUCGUCGUGCUGAUUUCAAGAAUUGGCAGAUCCCCACCUUCAAGUCGAUGGCGGGUGAGAACCUGAAAUUCGGCAAAAAGAUCUACGCCCGGCAGAUCCUGCAGUUUCCGAACAAGGAAGCGGCCGAGGACUUUGCUGCCCGCCCCUCGAUCUUCUUCUCCGCGGCCCACGGUCCUGACGUCGAACUUAAGGUCUAUGUCGACCCCGCGCCGGACUUCACGGCGGCGAAAGCGCGCGGUGAAACCAGCAUCCCCAUGCUUGGAGACGCAGCUUUCAGCGUUACCCCGCCUGUCAUCUGGAUCCCUGACGUGCGCGAACCGGUCCUGGUGAACCUCUCUUGCCACUCCUGUGGCAUAUGCUCGAGCAACCACCGAACCGGGGACCACCAUGUGUUCCCCACGACGCGACGCAACAAGAUCAACAACCCGUACUCAAUUUCGGUGGCUCAGCUUCAAAACGUUAAUGCCAAAGCUCUGGGACACUCGCCUGCCGCCAACCAAGUCAAGCAGGACCCCGCGCUUCUCUUCAUUGGCCUCGACAGCGAUGUCGAGGUCUGGACUUGCUGCGCCUGCGACUUCGUCUGUGGUUGGACCAUAGACACGGCUAUUGCUCACGGCAAUUCUUCUCAGCAUCUCCACCGCCUGCGGACGGCCAGCCCCCUCCUGAAGGACGAAUUCGGGGAUAUGAAGGUUCAGCAGUUUCUGAAGAACGACAAGCUGGUUCAGUUUUUCGCCGAGGAAUAG